AUGAAGAGAGAAAAUCUCACAGUGGUGAAUGAGUUUGUUUUCCAGGGUUUCUCCAGCUUUCGUGAACAUAAACUUAUCCUCUUUGUGUUUUUUCUUAUCUUGUACCUUUUAACCCUGGCUAGCAAUGCCAUCAUUGUGAUAAUCAUCAGCAUUGAUCGUUACCUUCACACGCCCAUGUACUUCUUUCUCAGUAUGCUUUCCACUUCAGAGACUCUGUACACAUUGGUCAUUGUGCCACAGAUGCUCUCUAGUCUUGUAGGUCUAAGCCAGUCAAUCUCUUUGGCAGGCUGUGCUACUCAGAUGUUCUUUUUUAUCACUCUGGCCAUCAACAACUGCUUUCUGCUCACAGCAAUGGGGUAUGACCGCUAUGUAGCCAUUUGUAACCCCUUGAGGUACUUAGUCAUCAUGAACAAAAAAAUAUGUGCCCAGUUGGUCUGGGGGGCCUGCAGCAUUGGGAUGUUUGUGGCCAUAAUCCAGAUUUCAUCUGUGUUCAGGCAGCCUUUUUGUGAUAGAGAGGUGGCCCAUUAUUUCUGUGACAUCCGCCCAGUUAUGAAACUCUCCUGUGCUGAUACCACUGUACAUGACAUAAUUAAUUUUAUCAUCAGCUCAAUGGUUAUUGUGGUGCCCAUGGGGUUGGUCUUCAUCUCCUACAUCCUCAUCAUUUCUACCAUCCUCAAGAUUGCCUCUGCUGAGGGCCGGAAGAAAGCUUUUGCAACUUGUGGCUCCCAUCUCACUGUGGUUAUUGUCCACUACGGCUGUGCCUCCAUCGCCUACCUCAAGCCCAAGUCUGAGAACACCAGAGAUGAAGACCAGUUGAUUUCAGUGACUUAUACCAUUUUUACUCCACUCCUUAACCCUGUGGUGUACACUCUGAGGAACAAGGACGUCAAGGAUGCCCUUUACCGUGCUAUUGGGAAAAAACGUCUUGCCUAG